UGGCGGCGAGGGAAAACUCUGCUAUAAAAUGUCGCCCCAAUUAAAUCUUGCGUCAUUGUAAUUUUGGAGUGGACAGGAUAUCCCAGUAGCUUCGCGUUCCCUCCAAAACCCCUCCCAUAGCUUAGCUCAAAGACACACACAGAGCUAUGGCGGAAUCGGUUUCUGGUGAUUCCUCCAACCACACUACUCCGGCACCGGCUCCGGAUCACAAAAGCUGGGCUGACGAGGUGGAAGAAGAAGUUCCAAAAGAAACGAGUGAAGCCACUGAGAGCUCGUCGACAGUCUCGGCCCUUAACGUUGAUGAAUUAACAAUCGACGAGAAAAAGAAGAGUCCCAAGGUUUUGGACGAACCCGAUGAUUCCAGUAUUCAAGCGGUUUCAUCGGGCGAUACUCCGUAUAAUUCAGCGAGUACCUUUGAAGAUUUAAAUCUAUCCCCGGAGUUGCUAAAGGGAUUGUAUGUUGAGAUGAAAUUCCAGAAGCCUAGCAAGAUUCAAGCUAUCAGUUUGCCGAUGGUUCUGAACCCUCCUUACAAGGAUUUGAUCGCUCAGGCACAUAAUGGAUCUGGCAAGACAACUUGUUUUGUGCUUGGGAUGCUGAGUCGUGUUGAUCCCAAGGUGCAAGCCCCUCAGGCCCUUUGCAUUUGUCCAACAAGAGAAUUGGCUAUUCAGAAUAUGGAAGUUCUUCGAAAGAUGGGGAGGUACACAGGGAUUGGUUCUGAAUGUGCCAUUCCUACAGACAGCAGAGAUUCUAUUCCAAUAUCAAAACGACCACCCAUAAUGGCACAAGUAGUGAUUGGGACUCCUGGCACGAUUAAGAAAUGGAUGUCAUAUAAGAAGCUGGGUGUAAGCAGAUUGAAUAUUUUAGUUUUUGAUGAGGCUGAUCAAAUGCUUGCUGAGGAUGGUUUCAAAGAUGAUUCCUUGAGGAUAAUGAAGGAAAUAGAGAAAGUCAAUCUGCAUUGUCAGGUUCUUCUCUUUUCAGCUACCUUUAAUGACACUGUCAAGAAUUUUGUUUCAAGGGUAGUUAAGAAGGAUCAUAAUCAACUUUUUGUGAAGAAAGAAGAACUGUCCUUACAGGCGGUGAAGCAAUACAAGGUCAACUGUCCCGAUGAGCUCUCUAAGAUUGAUGUGAUCAGAGAUUACAUAUUUGAGAUAGGAGAGAAUGUUGGGCAGACUAUUGUAUUUGUGCGCACAAGAAACAGUGCUAGUAUGCUGCAUGAAUCACUUGCAGAUUUGGAGUACGAAGUUACUUCCAUACAAGGUGCUCUUGACAAUAAUGAGAGAGACAAGAUUGUCAAGGAGUUCAGGGAUGGUUUGACUCAAGUUCUUAUAUCUACUGAUGUUCUUGCUCGAGGUUUUGAUCAGCAACAGGUGAAUUUGGUUAUCAAUUACGAUCUCCCUGUAAAACAUACUGCUGAGUAUACCCGUGAACCAGAGCCUGAUUAUGAGGUAUAUUUGCACAGGGUUGGUAGGGCAGGACGUUUUGGGCGAAAGGGUGCUGUAUUUAACCUGAUAUGUGGUGAGGGGGAUGAAAAUCUUAUGGAAAAAAUUGAGAAACAUUUUGGCACCCCUGUAGCUGAGGUCCAACAAAGAAACGUUGAUGAUUAUAAACGCGCUCUUAGAGAGGCUGGUUUACUGCAAUAAUAUGGAUCGCUGUAGUUGAAGGAUGGAUAACUCUGGCUGUCACUGGAAUGUGACUGUUUACUGGUCUUGCGAUGUGCUCUGCCUCGAUUUGUUGUAUGUGUGCGCACUUAGAGAGUUUUGUUAUUCUUUUUCUUCCUCGGUUUUUACUCUCUUGAACAGAGUCUCUCGGUUGUGGAAAUUUUGCACUGUAAUUUGUUGGCUGUCGUGUGAUGGUGAUGGGGAUUAUUUGAAUAAACUUAUUUAUCUUGUAGUUUUGAUGUCUCUGUAAGAUGCUGAUUAUCGCCAAGGACCAUCAGUUCUGUAGGUGAAUGGUCCCAUCGUCCUUUAUUGGAGAAGGGACAGGAACAUUUUUGGGAAAGAAGAAAUGAGCGGCAGUCACAGCGAGAACUAACAUCGUUCCUUUGUCAUGUAAAUACUGUUAGCUUGUAUAUUGCUUGACUUUGUAUGGUUUAUUUUGCGUGAAAAUUAUCCAUUUCAUUCAUAAAAAGAAAAACAACGUUCCUUUGUA